UCCUACGCAAACACAAACGCAAGCUGCCAACUGGGCUUUCAUAUUGAGUUGAGUUCUGUCCCCUCAAGAACACUGCAAAUGCGUGUUGUGAGGUGUUAGCUUCUCUCAGUUUUGUGGGUUCUUGAAGUUUCGUUCUUUCUGGGAAUUCUGUGAAUUCUGUGAAUAUGAGGAAUUUGAAGGAGUUGUGGGUGAAGAAGACAUUGGUGGGUCUUGGGUUGGGCCAGUUGCUGUCGCUCUUGAUCACUUCUACUGGCUUUUCAUCAUCAGAGUUGGCUAAAAAAGGAAUUGAUGCACCUACUUCACAGUCUUUUCUGAACUAUGUCCUCUUAGCAGUUGUGUAUGGAAGUAUCAUGCUUUACCGGAGGAAACCACUUAAGGCUAAAUGGUAUUACUAUCUACUUCUUGGGUUGGUGGAUGUGGAGGCAAAUUUUUUAGUGGUGAAGGCUUAUCAAUACACAUCUAUAACUAGUGUCAUGUUGCUGGAUUGUUGGACUAUCCCAUCGGUCAUGCUUCUUACUUGGAUUUUCCUCAAAACAAAAUACAGAUAUAAAAAGAUAACCGGUGUGGUGGCCUGUGUUGCUGGCGUUGUCAUGGUUAUUUUCUCAGAUGUUCAUGCAGGUGACCGAGCAGGAGGGAGCAAUCCCCAUAAAGGGGAUAUACUAGUAAUUGCUGGUGCUACACUGUACGCUGUCACUAACGUCAGUGAGGAGUUUCUAGUGAAGAAUGCUGACAGAGUUGAACUCAUGUCCUUGCUGGGCUUUUUUGGUGCCAUUGUCAGUGCGAUCCAAAUAAGCAUACUAGAGCGUAAUGAGCUCAAAAAUAUCAAGUGGUCAUCUGGAGCCGUAUUUCCUUUUGUUGGAUUUUCAUUGGCUAUGUUCCUCUUUUAUUCAUUAGUCCCAAUCUUACUUAAGAUUAAUGGGUCUACUAUGUUAAACCUGUCGUUGCUGACCUCAGACAUGUGGGCUGUCAUAAUUCGCAUAUUUGCUUACCACGAGAAGGUUGAUUGGAUGUACUUUGUAGCCUUUGCAAUCGUCGUCAUUGGGCUUGUUAUUUAUUCAUGGGGCGAAAAGGAUGAGAGUCAACGUUUGGCUGAUGUUGCGGAUGAAGAUACUGAGAGAAGCAAACAUUUUGACAGGGAAGUUGGUCCAGUAACUCGCGACCCGGGAACAAUGGCUGGGACCUCAAAAACAGGACAUAGCAGUAAGGAUGAAGCUCCUGGUAGCAGCACGACAGAGAGAUAAAUCAUUGACAACAAGAGCAUAGGAAAAGAUUAACAGGGGCAGAAGUCAUUGCAAUCUUGUUGAAAAUUCAAUGGCUGACCCCAUGGCUACACUACUGAGAAGACAAAAGAUGAGAAAUAUCGAUUGCGUUGUUAUUUGAACAGAAAUAUGAAUAAUGCCUUUUUAAAGGAUAAUAAUGGCUAUUUUGAGGCAUGGAAAACUGUACAGUCAUAAUUUCGGUUUUUUCAUCAAAUUUUGUUCUUUAUAUCAUUUGGGGGAAUUAUAUAGCACAGUUUUGAUUUAUAGC